AUGACCCUCUCAUCCCUUCUCCGCAUUACUCCCCGCUUAGCCCCAGCGGCCCGCAGGACGCGAGCUGCGUCCACAAUCAAUACACCAACAACCAAGCCAUUAGACUCAAUACUCAUCGCUAAUCGUGGCGAAAUCGCUCUGCGCGUUGGACGCACAGCUGCGGAUCGCGGCAUCCGCGUGACUACCCUCUACACCGAUCCGGAUAGCCGAGCACAGCAUGCCUUGAGCUCGCCAUUUGCUUUUAAUCUCGGAUCUGUAUCGGCGUACCUUGAUGGUGACAGAAUAAUUGAAAUUGCGAAGAAAGAAGGGUGUCAGGCUAUACAUCCCGGAUAUGGCUUUUUGAGCGAAAACUCGGCUUUUGCACGAAAAUGUACCGAGGCUGGGUUGAUCUUCAUCGGCCCGCCGUACACAGCCAUUGAAGAUAUGGGAGAUAAGAGUCGUUCCAAAGAGAUUAUGACAGCCGCUGGUGUACCAUGCGUUCCCGGAUACCAUGGAGCCAAUCAAGAUCCCAAGUUCUUGGAGGAGCAGGCGGGCCAAAUUGAGUACCCGGUGCUCAUCAAAGCCGUCAAGGGAGGUGGUGGUAAGGGCAUGCGCAUCGCUCGCUCCCAAUCCGAAUUCCAAGCCCAACUUGAGUCAGCGAAGUCCGAGGCCAUGAGCUCAUUCGGUGAUGACAACGUGCUGGUCGAGAAGUACAUCACCACGCCACGACACAUUGAGGUACAGGUGUUUGCGGACAAGCAUGGAAACUCGGUGGCUCUCGGAGAGCGAGACUGCAGUAUUCAACGCCGACACCAGAAGGUCUUGGAGGAGUCCCCCGCGCCCCAUCUGCCUGACACUACCAGAAAGGAUCUGUGGGACAAGGCUCGGGCGGCUGCAUUGGCCGUUGGCUACGAGGGCGCUGGAACCGUCGAAUUCAUCUUCGAUAACGACUCCGGGAAAUUUUACUUCAUGGAAAUGAACACACGUCUACAGGUUGAGCACCCUGUGACUGAGAUGGUCACAGGUCAGGAUCUGGUUCAUUGGCAGAUCCUAGUAGCCGAAGGAGCCAAGCUACCCCUUACACAAGAGGAAGUAGAGGAGCGCAUCUCACAGAGCGGCCAUGGAAUCGAGGCCCGUAUCUACGCCGAGAACCCCGAGCAGGGCUUCAUUCCUGACUCGGGCCGUCUGCUGCAUGUGCGCACGCCAGCUACUUCGGAUGAUAUCCGUAUCGAUGCGGGCUUUGUACAGGGAGAUGACGUCUCCGCACACUACGAUCCCAUGAUCUCCAAGCUGAUUGUUCGUGGUGCGGACCGCGAAGAAGCACUCCGAAAAUUGGCGGUUGCUUUGGAACAAUACGAAGUCGCUGGUCCGGUGACCAACAUCGAGUUCCUGAAGAGCAUCUGCAAGAGCCCCGACUUUAUCGCGGGAGAAGUGGAAACUGGCUACAUUGAGAAGCAUCGUGAAGAGCUGUUCGCGAAGAAAACAAUCGACGACGAAGUUUUGGCGCAGGUCGCACUGGCUUGUCUACAGCGCGAUACCAUCUCAGGAGCACACUCUGCAGGCGUCGCUGGCUCAGCUAUUGGGUUCACGCCUAGCUACCAAGAGCGACAGCUAUCAUUCACCGAGUCCUCGGGCCCAGGCUCUACCGACGGAUCAACAUUCAAUGUACGGGUACAGCAAACAGCAGACGACACAUUCAACGUUGAAGUCGGUGGAAGAGUCUUUGAGCAAGUCGUCAGCAAGCUCGAUCCGACCUCCCACAUCGUCACUUCCUUUUUCCCCCACACUCGACUCGACACGACUGUGAUCAGAGACGAGGAUACUAUCAUCGCCUUCCAGCGCGGCACACAGUACCGACUUACGCUCCCCCGAGCGAAGUGGAUGGAGAAGGCGCUCGGUAUGAAAGAUGUAACGAACAGUGUCCUCGCCCCGAUGCCAUGCAAGGUUCUGCGGGUGGAGGUACAAGCAGGCGACGUCGUGGAGAAGGAUCAGCCUUUGGUGGUCAUCGAGAGUAUGAAGAUGGAGACAGUUAUCCGGAGUCCGCAACAAGGUACUAUUGCGCGAGUUGUACAUCGUCAAGGAGAUCAAUGUAAAAGCGGAACACCGCUGGUUGAAUUCGCCGAGUCCUUAUAG